AUGUCUGCACGAUGUGAGAUGGGUGGUUUCCCUCACCCUCGAAAUUGUUCGAAAUGUGUUUGCCCUAGCGGAUAUGGAGGUGACCUAUGUAAUGAGAAACCCGCCGGUUGUGGAGAUGUGCUUGAAGCAAAAACCGAGUAUCAAACUUUGGUCGACCAGGUUGGAGAUGUUGAUGCCGGACAGAUAGCACGAGAAGAUAUGUCUAUUUGCAACUACUGGAUUAAGGUACUCUGUUACGAAUUUUAUUAUUGGAUCAAAAUCGCGUAUCUUUCACAAGGUCUUGCUGUCGAUGGAUGCACGUACUGGGGAGUAGAGAUUAAAACACAUGCUGAUCAGCGUCUUACUGGCUACAGAUUCUGUGCCCCGGAAGAUAUUGGAGUUACAUUAGUGUCAAGCUAUCAUAUUGUUCCAGUAAUAACGUAUAAUAGGUUCUACGCAACUCGAGUUAAAUUGGACUAUCGUAUCGUUUCUAGUGAUACGUCAUAUCCUCAGCCCCAGCCAAUUGAUUGCAAGAGUGACGACCUAUGCAAACAUCUCGAAGAAACGAUGAAUUUCUGUAAAAAUCCUUGGCUGUCAGACACUUACAAAAAAGAGCUUUGCCCGAAAGAAUGUGGAUUUUGUUAA